GCUGCCUGAUGGAUAGACGAGGGAGGAGUGAACUCUUCAGUCUGUUCUGACGGAGCUGAAGUACAGAAACCAUAUUUACAGCUAUAAUGUAAGAUUCUGCAAUACGUAAUAAAACAUACCAAUGGAGGAGGUAGACGUGAACGGUUUUGAGGAGAGCACUGUAGUGCUCAUUCUACCACAUUCUACCACUAUACCACAGCCAUUAGCCCCGCUUCACAGGUACAUGUGACAGCAUUGCAGCUAUGAGAGGAAUUUUAAAGGGGAAGUUUGAAGAAAUUGACGGCUCCUCACCCCACUCCUCUGUGCGGGAAUCAGAUGAUGAAGUUUUUAGCUGUGACGGUGCUGACAGUGUUGAUAGUGUCAAUCCGUCCGCUUGUAAUCUUUUCACUGAGGAGAGAGAAAAGUCCUGGAGGAAAAAAUAAGGAGAUAUCAACAGACUGAAAACAUGUUUUCAGAAGCAUAGAGUCUUCAGGAAGAUACUGGAGUUCAUGAGAUCUCAAGGUACAUGUGACAGUGUUGCAGCUAUGAGUGGAAUUUUAAAGAGGAAGUUUGAAGAAGUUGACGGCUCAUCACCCUGCUCCUCUGUGCGGGAAUCAGACGAUGACGUUUCCAGCAGUGAAAGUGCUGACAGUGGGGACAGUGUCAAUCCGUCCACUUCUAAUCAUUUUCCCCCUUCCUCCAUCCUCAAAAGAGAGAAGCGGCUAAGGACUAAGAAUGUGCAUUUUAGUUGUGUCACCGUGUACUACUUCACCAGGAGGCAAGGCUUCACGAGCGUGCCCAGUCAAGGGGGCAGCACCUUGGGCAUGUCCAGCCGCCAUAACAGCGUGCGCCAGUACACUCUUGGUGAAUUUGCAAGAGAACAAGAGAGACUUCACAGGGAGAUGCUGAGAGAACACCUCAGGGAGGAAAAGCUGAACUCUUUAAAACUAAAGAUGACCAAGAACGGCACGGUGGAAUCUGAAGAAGCAAGCACUCUUACUGUGGAUGACAUUUCGGAUGACGAUAUUGAUUUAGACAACACGGAGGUAGACGAGUACUUCUUUCUACAACCCCUGCCGACGAAGAAAAGGAGAGCACUGCUGCGGGCCUCGGGGGUGAAAAAGAUUGAUGUGGAAGAAAAACAUGAGCUGCGUGCCAUCCGCCUGUCGAGAGAGGACUGUGGCUGUGACUGCCGAGUGUUCUGUGAUCCAGAAACAUGUACCUGCAGCCUGGCAGGCAUUAAGUGUCAGGUGGACCGAAUGUCUUUCCCUUGCGGCUGCACUAAAGAAGGAUGUAGUAACACAGCAGGUAGAAUUGAAUUUAAUCCGAUCCGUGUCCGGACUCACUUUUUGCACACAAUCAUGAAACUUGAACUGGAGAAAAACCGGGAGCAGCAAAUCCCCACGCUGAACGGCUGCCACGGCGAGAUAAGCGCUCACAGCAGCUCCAUGGGCCCCGCGGCGCACUCCGUGGAAUACUCCAUCGCAGACAAUUUCGAGAUCGAAACGGAGCCCCAGGCGGCGGUGCUGCACCUGCAGUCGGCCGAGGAGUUAGAUUGCCAAGGGGAGGAGGAGGAGGAGGAGGAGGACGGCAGCAGCUUCUGCAGCGGGGUCACGGAUUCCAGCACGCAGAGCCUGGCGCCCAGCGAGUCAGACGAGGAGGAGGAGGAAGAGGAGGAGGAAGAGGAGGAGGAGGACGAGGACGACGAGGACGACGAGAAGGGGGACAGCUUCGUGGAAGGUUUGGGUCCCCAUGCGGAGGUCGUCCCUCUGCCUUCCGUCCUCUGUUAUUCCGACGGCACGGCCGUCCACGAGAGCCACGCGAAGAAUGCUUCUUUUUACGCCAACUCUUCGACUCUGUAUUACCAAAUCGAUAGCCACCUUCCGGGAACGCCUAGCCAGAUCUCCGAGAGCUACUCCGAGAGAGAUCCUGUGAAGAGCGGUACCCUCUCGCUGGUGCCUUACACCAUGACCCCGGAGCAGUUCGUGGACUACGCCCGCCAGGCUGAGGAGGCCUACGGCGCCUCCCACUACCCCGCUGCCAACCCCUCUGUCAUCGUCUGCUGCUCCUCUGCCGAAAACGACAGCGGCGUCCCCUGCAGUAGCUUAUACCCCGAGCACAGGUCCAACCACCCUCAAGUGGAAUUCCACUCCUACUUGAAAGGCCCCUCCCAGGAAGGGUUUGUCUCCACGUUGAAUGGUGACAGUCGCAUUUCAGAGCACCCUGCGGAAAAUUCGUUGAGUCUGGCAGAAAAGAGCAGAUUGCACGAAGAGUGCAUCAAAUCACCCGUGGUUGAGACGGUCCCCGUGUAGUAGCCUAAAUGCUUCUGGGACCGCCUCUUCUCUCAUGGAAAGCUCUGUAUUUCGUCGGAUUUCCUGGGCCCCGUGGUGGUUUAAACUGAGGACCAAGAAAAACCCGGACUGUGGUGAAUCUUCCUGACUGUAUUUUGUUUUCUCCUUUCUAGCUGCGUGACUGUGGCAUUGCACAAAUACAGUCUCUGUGAGGAUUUUAAAAGAUUUCCGACUGUUUUGAUAGAAAAAUGCUAAUUAAAAAAAAAAAAAAAAGCCUAUCUCGCAGUUGCCUACCUGUCAAACUGUGUGAAACCUGUCAAGCUGUGUAGAUCAGAGCUCCAAGUUUUGGAUUAUCGGGCCUGUGCAAGAUUGUUAACUAAGACUGGGAAAGAGUAAGAUUUAGAGUCCUAAUUUUCAAUAAAUCUGAAGAUGACGGUGACUUUUUACUGUAAAAGUAAUUAUUGUAAGAAAAAGAUUUAACCGUUCCAUGUGUAUUUUAUUUAUGGUAGCUAGAAGUCACGUUUUGAUGAAAAUGAACAGCAGCAUGUUCUUUUAAGCUGAAGACACACAGUACCACCGAGCACGCCCACAUGGAUUACCUCUGGAAUCCAUUCACGUUUUUAUGAUCAUGACUGAUCAGAUUUGCAGAUACUUUCUUAAGGGUGAAAUAGGCCUAUUUUUGCUAUUUUGGACAAAUAAAUGAGUCUAUAUGUGCAGGUCCUUACACAGUUUUCUCUAAAGUUAAGAGUUAGGACAAUCCUCUGGUGAGGGUCCAGUCAUUGCCCUCCCUCAGUUGACUCCACAGAGAUGGAGGUAGAAGGAAUUGCCUUUCUUUUUUAAACGGCAUCAUCUUGGUUCUUAGCUUGGACAGCACCUUUAAACUCUACUCCCCUACAUCCAAAUGCACUUUAGUGCCCCUUCAUGGUACCUUGUGAGGGGUGGGGACUGAGAACCCUUUGAGAUGAAAGUCUAAAAAAAAAAUU